ACUACUCCUUCCUCCCAUGUGUUAGGUUAUCUGGUAAGUCUAAAUUAGCCUUGGUUGUGAAUGUGGGAUAUUUUUGAUUUUUUUUAGCCUUGCAAAAGAUUGGCAGUCUCUCCAGGGUGCACCCCACCUAUUGCCCUAAGAUAGCUGGUACCGUACUGGAUUCAGCCUCCCCACAACUUUGAACUGAACAAAUGGACGAAGAUGAAAAAUGACCUUUUUAAGACUGCGCCGUAAACAUCUUUGAAUUUCAUUACAAAUUUGUCUUUCAAAGAUGAUGUGAUUUCAGAGUAUGUUGCUUUAGUGGAAAAAAACUAUCUUUAAGCAUUAAUACCAGACAAAACUGAACUUCAUAGUCAGUGAUUGUGAACCUUUUAAAUUAUUUAAAUUGUUUCCAUUCCAUUUAUAACAUCAACGCAAACCAGCAAGCUGAUUAAGUCUGGGGCAGCUUUAAGUCUGUCAGAGUGAGAAAAAGACCAAAAGACGAGGGGAAGGCAUCAGCAUGGCCCAGAAAAACAAUUUUCAGUUCUCCAUCAGGGAAUAUAGACCUUCAGAUCAACAUGUGGUCAUGUCACUAUUUCAGGAGGGGAUUUUUGAGCAUGUUUACCCAGCCUUUUUCAAGGCCAUGAGCCAUCCAGACCAUAUUGGUGUUGCUCUGAGCAUUUCGAUGGCUGGUUAUGUGCUGGGAGGCAGCUCCUACUUCCAAGCCCUACUGUUUGGCAGUGCAUGGGCUGGCCUCAUUUAUUAUUGCUGCCAUGAUAUCUAUGAGGGCUACAUGAUGAGGAGGCAAAGCACAGAUAUGGCCGACAUUCAGGCCAGCUACCUGGAAAACCCAGAUAACGGCUUCUGGGUAGCGGAGGCAGACAUCAAUGGCCAAUCCAAGGUGGUAGGGAUGGUGGCAGUGAUUGGAAAAAGGGGAGAGGAAGAAGGCGAAAGGUUUGAAGACUGGAAUGGCAGAGUGACGGGAGGAGGUUCUGAGCUGGCUCAAGAUGCCGGGGAUGGAAGUUACGGGGAGAUGUGUCACAUGGUCGUGGCAUUUCCGUGGCGCCGCAAAAACUUGGGCUCGCAGUUGACACGGAAGGCUUUGGAUUUCUGCAAAGAGCGAGGCUUCGGCCGUCUCGUCCUGGAUGUGAGCUCACCACAGACAGCAGCCAUUUCCCUGUUCGAGAAAGCCGGCUUUGUUCAAACCUCAUCCCAUCGCAACACGCAUGCCAACCGCUGGUUCUCCAACCUCGCCAGAAUAAAUGUGAUGCGAAUGGAGAAGUUAAUUUAAAGAUAAAAUUUACUCUAGCAAGCAGUUAUUAGAACCUAAAAUGUACAGCAUAUCAUGAAUAUGUCACUUAAUUUAAUCUUAUACCAUCAUUGGAAAAACCUCUCUGUGUGAUAUUGGUCACUCGUUUCUCAAAUUUACUAUAUGGUAGUUUGAAAAAUAUAUUAAAUUUCAUGUUUUUUUCCACAAAGCAGGA